AUCCAGUUCACCGGCCGGGAACCCCCGCGUGCGUGCGUGAUACGCGAUCGAUGCGGCCCACCUCUCCUGGAACUAGAUUCAUAUAUGGUCCGUCGUCCUCCUGCGGUUGCAUUGCAGACAUCGCCAUCAAUUCGACGUCGCGAUGAGGAGCGCAUCAGGGCAUCUUGGCUUCCGCUGCAUCCUCGUCGUGCUCUGCAUCUGCUCUGCAACCGCCGCCCCCUCCUCCUCCUCCUCCUCCAAGCUGUGUGUGGAUGCGCAGGCCAAGGCGGCCAUGCCAGGGCUCAACGACAACGACCUCCAUCUCCAUAGCUCCGAGGAGAGCAAGAGCAGGGAGACGACGACGACCCAGAACCAGAAGCUCGCGCAGGAGCUGAUGAUGAUGCAUGGCUCGUCAACAGGAUGAGAUCCACAACAACUUCCAAUCCAUACUGGAAAAUCAGAAAGAGUUUGCAGCGAUGGAGGCCAACAUCUCGGCAGCACUGGAGAACAUGGCCAUCCUCGUGCACUCCCAGCAGUGGUUCAUCCGGGCCUUCUUCUUCUACUGCUUGGUCGCCUUCCUCCUCUACAUGCUCACCACAGCCGAGCAGACGUUCCACAUCAGGGGCCAUCUCUGUCUUGGUUUCUGUGCUUCGAUAAUGCUGGAGGCUGGAGUCAUCAUACUCGGAGCUGACGACGACUACAGCGCUCAGUUGUCCAAGGUGUUGCUGCUCAGAUCAGUGUUAUUCGCCGCCGCCACCGUUCACAUCAUGCACUCCAUCGUCAGGGGCUAGAGUCGGAAUUAUAAAUAUAAUGUAAAAGCUGAGCGCAGCUAAUUAAACUGGCUAGAUUCCUCGUAGUAGUGAUCGUUUUGGUGAAUUCGUCGAUCGUCAGCUUUGACAUGGGUGUGCCUCGUAUUCAGUUGUAGCGUUGUGAUGCAUUACAUCAUCUUUACUUCUCAGUAUGUAGCAAUGGCCUUUUUAGUCUCUCAUAGUGGUCUUAUGUCUUUAGUAUAAACUAAGUUUAUUUUGUGUUA